AUGAAUUUACAAAAAGAAAACACCAGUUCAUCGGAAGAUGAUGACUCUGACAAAGAUGCUGGCUUUAUCCCAAAUAAAAAUAAAAAAGCAAAAUUCAGUUACGGAACUGCCGAGCGCCGUAUGCUGCCUUUAAUAUUAUCAUGGGCUUCAACAGCCCAUAAAAUGCAAGGCACCACAGUCGAUUAUGCUGUCGUUUACUUGGGGUGGAAACUAUUGGUACAAGGUCAAGCGUACGUCAUCAUUAGCAGAGUUCGUAGCCUCGAUGGACUUCGUAUCGAAGAAUUGGACGCUUCAAAAAUAACGGGAAAGACAUGCUGUAACGUUGACGCUUUGGAUGAAAUUGAAAGAAUCAGACAACAUCUAUAA